GUCGUUCCAGCAGUAGGCGGUGCGACGUCAAGUUCGCGGGAGAAGAAGCAUGUUGCCUUUACGCUGUACAGUAGCUGCAGACAAGUCAUACUUACAUGAAAAAUAAUAACUGCUGUAAUUUGAAGGUAGAUUGUUAUGGCUGAUAUUUUAGGAGUCGUUUUCAGACGGUUCGCGUCAGGAACUGUAACGAGUGAUGUAACGUUUCCCCCUGACGCUGAAGGAAACACACUGGUGCUCGGGGAUGCAAACGUCAGUAGAUCUGUGUUAUUUCUAGCAGCUGUGACAGCUGCCACAGAUCUGGGGCUCAAAGUGCUGUUUUUCACACAGACCCCUUUUCAGUCUCUGCCGGUGUCUUUGAGAGCUUCAGUACCUGGAUUAAAACUAGAGAGUCUGAAGAAUGUCAAGUUUGUGUAUGUGAAGACUUUGGAGGAGCUUGUUGAAGAUAUAGCGUCCCUCCAUGAGCUGGCGUCUGAGGCUGCGUCUCCUCCCUCUCUGAUUAUCGUGGACGGUCUGGAUCAUUAUCUGCGCGGGUCUAGAGUUGGACCGCUACAGGACGACCUGAGCCCCGUGGCCCACGUGGCGGCCCUCCUGCACGACACCGCUGCUUUUCUCUCCCAGAUCCUGCAGAACAGAGCAGAUGGCCAGGGCCUGUGCAGAGUCAUGGUCUCCUUUCAGUCUGAAGGUGAAGGCAGUCGGGACAGUGAUGCACUGGCACCUGAGCUUGUCCUCUCUGUGCUGGACCGUUACCUGCAGGUGAGGUGCACGCUAGAGGAAGUGAAGCGUGACGGGGAGUGGCGGGUGUAUCUGUCAGUCAUGUGUCCUUCGCUGGUACAGCAGUGGCACAUGGUGCUGCGGGCAGGAGGUGCUCUGGAGUUCAGGCCAGUCUUCGGUGGAGAACAGCAGAUUCUGGACCAGCCAGAGAAACACAAACAGGAAAACGAGAGAUGUGGAUACAACUAAUAAAAUUCAUAUUGCAAAACAACCGAUUUCGAUUUGUCGGUUUGACAAGCCAUACCUGAUCAGAAAUUUUAAUAUUCAUUUGUGAUAUUGACAAACUUUUCUUGACUGAAUAGAGAUAGUCAACCAUACUUUUAGAAUUUAUAUAGCAUUGACAAUGUUAAAAAACAACAGUUUAAUGUGAAUUUAAAGUUAAGUAUGAAACAAAUCUCAGCUUUUAUUUGUUGUACGUCUGCUUAACAUUUUAUUUACAGAAAAAUCCAUACAUUUUAUUUUCCUUUUUAUUCAUUUCUUUUGGAUUACGUUGUUUUUUUAAUUUGUUUGAACAAUAUUUUGGUGACAUCUAAAUAGAUUAAAUACUAGUUUACAUUGCAUUUUUUUUUAACUCUUUAGUACUUUAUUGUAGGUUUUAAGAAUUGUUUUUACAGUUUGUAAAUUGCCCAAAAUCAAUCGUUUUAAUGCGCUUCCAUGUAUUUCCUAAUUAAACAUGAGUUACUAGCUGUUUCAAUCAGUUGUUAUAAGUCAGUUUUUCAAUCAACUUCUCAAGGGCUGAAUUAUCUGCAAAUGCUCCAUAACUGUUUUUAUGCAUGUUGGCCUACACAAAAGAAAAGUUUAUACAAAAGAGAGUCAGUCAUUAUGUUUUGAAUGAACUAUCACACUAACACAGAGAACAUAAAAAAGGGGAAAUGAGAAGACUUUGCUGGGUGAGAUACCGUCUGUUUAUGCUAUAAAUAAAAAUCCUUUCUUUCUAGAACAAAAUAGGAGCUUUUAUUGCUGAUAGAAAAAAGACAAAUAGUUAUCAAUGCAAUUAUGAAAUAAAACACUCAGUGAUUGUAAAAUUGGAUAGACAGGAAUACAUGUCAAAUGUGUCAGAAAUGGCAUACAUAUCCUUUUUUUUUUUUUUUUUUUUUUUUUGCAAGUUUCCAUACAAAAAAUGGUAUUACCAAUUUACCUUGGUCAAUUUAUAGUUAUUCACAAAUUCAACACAUUUGGUUUAACCUUCAGAAUAAAGAACACAUAAAGAAAGGCAGACAAACUAAUGUAACACUGACGCUGGAGGUUUCUGACCAUACUGCAUAUUACAAAUAAAUGUGCAAAUUAACUUAA